AUUCAAUUUUAGCCCUCGACCGCGUCCAUGUGUUGGGCGGCACACCUGCCCCUGGAGGUGGGCACGCGCGUGAUGUGCCGGUGGCGCGACUAGAAAGCUCAACCCGUCAAGGUCAUCGAGAGCCGCAAGGGCUCCUCGUCCUCUUCCCCCGCCGACUACGAGUACUACAUCCACUACACGGAGUUCAAUAGCGCAAACAGCUUCAGAGGCACAUGGUGCUAGACGGGUAGUCGCUGUGAGAAUAGGAAUUGGGCUGUCAAGACAGCAACUAGGUUGUCUGCAUAAGCUUAUCCAACCUAUCAAGGACAAAUACCCAGGUUCCCAUGAUUAUCAAAAUGUUGAAAUUGCAAGUUGAAGAAAGUGCAAAGGGACGAGCCACAGUUUAUGAUCCACUGAGAAAAUGGAUGGAUAACUGCUACCGUGGUGUAUCCCUCGGUGGGCUAGGGAAGCAUAGGGAGAAGCUACAAAGGGUACUUUCAACAAUUUCAGAUAUUCCCUGUCAUAACUGAAGAGAAACCUAUCCUAGCAAAUCAAUUUUCAGUAAUCAUUCUACAACUCCACUCAUGGUUUGCAAUACCCAUUUGCACUUCACUGUAAACAACUUCUGAUAGCUACUACUCCCUCCGUCCCAUAAAACAAGUCAUCCUAACAAUUCUAAGACAAAUUAAUAAGAAGGUAAAAUGACCAUGUUUGCCCCUAUAUAUUAUUCAUAUUUGACACUAAUUGAUUAUUGCAUGCACAUGCACUUUCUAAAUAGGGUAGAGUGACUUGUUUUUUGGGACAAAUUUUGAAUCCCAGGAUGACUAGUAUUUUGGGACGGAGGGAGUAUUUUCUUACCUAGGCAUUUGUUUCACGCCCAAAUGGGAAGAAGUACUCCAUGGUGUUGUCUGCACCGACUGCAGGUCUCCUGAAGGGUGGCGGUAAAGCUGGUAUUGGAUCUUGGGACUGGAAGCUGAAGGAGGACAAAUGCACUUACCACGCCCUGUUUCCAAGAUCAUGGACAAUAUAUGAUGGUGAGCCUGACCCAGAGAUCAAGAUCACCUGCCAUCAGAUAUCACCCUUCAUCCCUCUCAACUACAAAGAGAGCAGCUUCCCGGCUGCAGUUUUCACGUUUAUGGUACAAAACUCUGGGAGCACACCUGCAGAUGUGACACUGCUAUUCACCUGGGCUAACUCGGUUGGUGGGAAAUCGGAACUGACCGGGAAUCAUAGCAACUCAAAAAUGAAAGAUUGGCACGUCAUUGCCUUCUUGGAAGAGCCUGAUGUGGCGAUGAGUCUCCUGAAGAUGUACAAGCCACAAGGCAAUGCUUAUACUUCUUUUAGUCGGUAGUUGAAUCAGUAGAUAAGAUUCAAUUGUUUUCCACUACUUGUGUUUACAAUAUUUGAUUCAGUGCAUGUCCAGCUAGAUUUGUAUGGUGCCUACUAAGGUGGUACUGAUUUUAGUGUUUUAAGCUGACUAUGGUGAUUAUUCUAAUGCACAGACAUUACUGGAUGUGUGCGCCAAAAUAAGAUCUUAACUUUGUAUGAGGACUGCAUUUGUAAUGUAUACAGUGGAUAAAACAUAUGAAUUUGUGAUGUAAAGAAUGGAUAAAACAUGUGUAUAUGUG